AUGCCCUCACAUCAGAGUAUCAACUCAAGAAAAAUCGACUUCAACGCUUCAAUCCGCGAGCAUAGGAUUUGGAAUCCUUCGACAGGAAGAAUCGUGCGAGCAAGGGACGUUAUUUUUAACAAGGACAAAGUCUUCAGUAGAGAUAUCCAAAAUAUCAAGGAUAAUCUCCUUCAUGUGUCUGUUGAAGAACUAACAAUCUUGCUAAACAAGAUAGAUAUCCAAGUACAGUCAGGUGAAGUCAAAGAUAAUGCUAACUUUGGAGAUGAGAUGAAGGAUUUAGUGUUUGACAGAAAUAGGCACAAUAAUGAGCAUACGACAACAACAGACUCAGUGACUGGUUCUAGAUUUGAAGAUUUAAGUCAGCUUGGUUCAGACUAUCCAAGCGGCCCAACUCUGACGCUAGGAGAAGGAUUGUUAGAGGGGAUUGAUAAAUAUGCUUAUCCUACAUCUCCAGAUACGCCUCCGAGCGCGCUGUUGGCAGCUAGCAUAACUAUCGUCUAUGAAAAUGACCUCAACCUCUCUAGAACAUCAACUAGCGGGGUCAGGCCCAGAGGGUCACUUGUUCAGGAAGCAACCAUUAAGGAAGGUCCCAGAGGGACUCUUAGUGGUGUAG